GCUCGGCUCGGCUCGGCUCGGCUCUCACCUCCCCGCGGCGGCGUGGCCGACGGUUGCUGAGCCUGGAAGGAGCUGGGCGGCAGCGAGGAGGAGGGGCCGGCGUGGGGCUCCCCGCGGAGGGCGCCACGCCUGCGGUCCGUUCCACAGGGCCACCCGUGGAGCAUGGCCGGCAGAGGCGCUGGCAGCGGCCCGCAGCCAUCCGCCGUGGCGCAGCCGCUCGCCGGCGGUCAUUUGUACCCCUUCGUGAGCGCAGAGAGCGAGGGGCCCGAGGAGGAGGGCGAGUUGUCGGAACUCCGGCCGCGGGGCAGGGAGAAAGUCCGGUGGAGCGCGUCGAGGGACAGGCUGGAUGAUACCGUCCUGCUGACGAAGGACAUCCGGGAAGGGGACACGCUGAACGCGAUCGCGCUGCAGUUCUGCUGCUCCGUUGCAGAUAUCAAGAGAGUUAACAAUCUUAUCAACGAUCAAGAUUUUUUUGCCCUGAGGUCUAUCAAAAUUCCAGUGAAAAAGUUCAGUGUAUUGACUGAAACCCAUAUAUCUUCAAAAGGAAGACCAGCUCUUCGGCCUUCUCUGUGUUCCCCAGAAGUACAGGAAACAUCUCUUUGUGAUAAAUUCUCUGCAAAUGAGACUGCUGGCAACUUCUUAAAAGAAGUCGAUCGAGAUAUAGAAGAAAUAGUGAAGUGUAAUGAUACAAAGAAAGACAAUCUGAAUGAAGUUGUUUCUGCUUUAGCAGCCCAACAGGUCUGUUUUGAAACUGAUGGUAAAACUAAAAAAUGCAAGGAUCCUUACUAUGGAGCAGACUGGGGUAUAGGAUGGUGGACAGCAGUAGUGAUUAUGUUGAUUAUUGGCAUAGUAACUCCAGUUUUUUAUCUCCUGUAUUAUGAAGUUCUAGUGAAAGCAGAUGUCAGUCACCAUUUUCCAAUGGAAUCUUCCCAUUUGUUUGUCACAGCAGUAUCACAUCAGAAAGAAACAGAAAAUGGAAUAAAUCCAACAAAUAUUAUGAAAGUUGAUAAUCAAGGACACCUUCAGCAUUAAUAGUGGGAGUCCCCAGACAACUGUUAUUUGUAGAUACAUAACAUAACCUUAGGUAGAGGGGAAUCCACAGAAUUCAAAAUGCACUUGGAACGCGGAGAAGCGUACUGAUGUGUGACUUGCCUUUAUGGGCAGUGUUCCACUACAGGGAUAUUUCUGGGGAUCACAUAAUCUCUGAAUAUGCCUGAAUAUGACAGGCAAUUUGCAAGAUUGGAGUGUAAAUUAAGGUAUGAAGUAAUCUCUGAAGCUUUGCACUUUUUUCUAUUUUAAUAGGCACAUUUCUUAAUUAAUGAUGAGGUGAAAAAAUGUAGUUCAAACUAACACACAAGGAGUCUGUGUGUUUUACAGCCCGGAAGUGGGCAUAUGGGGAUAGCUAACUUUUAAACAUCUGAAAGGAUUUACAGAAUUCAUAGUACACUUGACAUUUUAAUAUCAGGUUUACAGUUGUAAAUUAAAAUGGUGUUCUCAUAAUUUAAUCUUUCUUACAGAGUAAGAUUUCUUUAAAACUCAGUCAUUCCAUAAUUAAUAGCCACUAUGAAGCUGUUUUUUACAGAGGUAGUAGCAAACACUUAAACUGGAAUCUUGAAAUCUUGUGCCUAUGGUCAACCCGUUCUUUAGUACUAAAGUAAUUUGUUUUCUCUGUGUGACUCUGUGCCUCAACACAGUCCACUCAGGAGUCAUCCUGAAACUUUACAUUCUUCUUUGGUAUCCUGCUGAAAACUGACUGGACUGCAUUCUCAUCUGGUCACCUAUGUGUAGAAUGAAAGUGCAGAAGUAUGGCACCUUGCUGUAACUGCCCAGUAGUUCUUGUUUUGUGCUAAUAGAAUUAUUUUUUUCCCCCUCCAGUUAAUCUCAGUUUAGGACCAUCUGAUUGUUCAGACAGUAGUCGUGGGUACUGAGCAUACCAAUAUUGGUCUUGUGCCCAUGAACCUCAAGCUCUUAACUUUUUCCUGAAAUGUCCUAGAAAACUUCAAAUGAUAUUUAAUGCCUGCUAGCAAAUUUGAGCAGAAUAGACAACUUGCAUCUUCAGACUUGUACUUUACAUAUUAGUGUAUUCAUUAACCAAUCCCCUCUUGAAUGUUUCUUUUGGAGUUUCAUGAUCAACCUUGGUUUUCCCCUCUUCCCAAUAUAAAAAUGCUUCAAGAUAAAAAACAAACAAAAAAAAACAUAAAUAAAAACCCCCACACCUCUGGACUCUUCAUACAGAAGGGAGGUAUUCGUGUACUCAGAAUACUUUUAAAUAAAAACUGAGAUGGUGCCUAUAA